GUCGGAUUGAAUGAGCCCGCCGAGCCGCGGCCGCCGUUCCGAGCCGCGCGGACCCCGAGCCGCCGCCGCCGCCGCCUCCAUGGCCACGCCGCCGCCCGGCCGCGCGGGCGGGCCCGCCACGCCGCUGUCGCCCACGCGCCUGUCGCGGCUGCAGGAGAAGGAGGAGCUGCGCGAGCUCAAUGACCGCCUGGCGCACUACAUCGACCGCGUCCGCGCGCUCGAGCUGGAGAACGACCGGCUCCAGCUCAAGAUUUCCGAGCGGGAGGAGGUGACCACGCGCGAGGUGAGCGGCAUCAAGACGCUGUAUGAGGCGGAGGUGGCUGAUGCCCGCCGGGUGCUGGACGAGACGGCCCGGGACCGGGCCCGGCUGCAGAUCGAAAUUGGGAAGCUGAGGGCCGACCUGGAGGAGGCCAACAAGAGCGCAAAGAAGAGGGAGGGCGAGCUGACGGUGGCCCAGGGCCGCGUCAGGGACCUGGAGUCCGUGUUCCACCAGAGUGAGGCGGAGCUGGCCGCCGCUCUCAGCGACAAGCGCGCCCUGGAGAACGACGUGGUGGAGCUGAGGGCCCAGCUGGCCAAGGCGGAGGAUGGGCACGCGGUGGCCAAAAAGCAGCUGGAGAAGGAGACGCUGAUGCGCGUGGACCUGGAGAACCGCUGCCAGAGCCUGCAGGAGGAGCUGGCCUUCCGCAAGGACGUCUUUGAGGAGGAGGUGCGGGAGACGCGACGGCGACACGAGCAGCGCCUGGUGGAGGUGGACAGCAGCCGGCAGCAGGAGUAUGACUUCAAGAUGGCCCAGGCGCUGGAGGAGCUGCGGGCGCAGCACGACGAGCAAGUGCGGCUGUACCGCCUGGAGCUGGAGCAGACCUACCAGGCCAAGCUGGACAACGCCAAGCUGAUCUCUGACCAGAACGACAAGGCCGCCAGCGCCGCUCGGGAGGAGCUGAAGGAGGCCCGCAUGCGGGUUGAGUCCCUCAGCUACCAGCUUUCCGGCCUCCAGAAGCAGGCGAACGCGGCUGAGGACCGGAUCCGGGAGCUGGAGGAGACCGUGGCCGGGGAGCGGGACAAGUUCCGGAAGAUGCUGGACGCCAAGGAGCGGGAGAUGACGGAGAUGCGGGACGUGAUGCAGCAGCAGCUGGCCGAGUACCAGGAGCUGCUGGACGUCAAGCUGGCCCUGGACAUGGAGAUCAGCGCCUACCGCAAGCUCCUGGAGGGCGAGGAGGAGAGGCUGAAGCUGUCCCCCAGCCCAUCGUCGCGCAUCACCAUCUCGCGGGCCACAUCGAGCAGCAGCGGCAGCAGCGUGUCCGUGUCCGGGCGCCUGGGCCGCAGCAAGCGGAAGCGGCUGGAGGUGCAGGAGCCGCUGGGCACGGGCUCCAGCGGCACCGGCUCGGGCAGCAGCGGCAGCAGCAGCUUCCGCCUGGCCCAGCAGGCCUCGGCCUCGGGCAGCAUCAGCAUCGAGGAGAUCGACCUGGAGGGCAAGUUCGUGCAGCUGAAGAACAGCUCGGACAAGGAUCAGUCUCUGGGCAACUGGAGGAUCAAGAGGCAGAUCCUAGAAGGGGAGGAGAUCGCCUACAAGUUCACGCCCAAGUAUGUGCUGCGGGCUGGCCAGACGGUCACGGUGUGGGCAGCCGGUGCAGGGGUGGCUCACAGCCCCCCGUCCACGCUCGUAUGGAAGAGCCAGAACAGCUGGGGCACGGGCGAGAGCUUCCGGACCGUUGUGGUCAAUGCUGACGGGGAGCACCUGGGGUGGCUGUCUGCAGCUGCUGUGUCGUCUCGCAUAGGAAGUGGCCAUGAGAACCGUGAAGCAGUCCUCGGUGGUGCGGGAGGCCGAGAACGGGGAGGAGGGUGAGGACGAGGCGGCCGAGUUUGGAGAGGAGGAUCUUUUCCAUCAGCAGGGGGACCCGAGGACCACCUCUCGAGGCUGCCGCGUCAUGUGAACCGAACAUGCCUCAUCACACGUCUUUCUUUAUCCAGGGCCACUGAAAACUAUUUUUAUAUCAUUGGCUUCUUUAGUCCUUGGUACAUUUCUAGAGAGUUUUUAAGCAAACUGCCAGAGCGUGGGGGUGGGUCUCUGCUGAGCUUUCCUGUCGCUGGGUUUCCCUGGGCCCUUCAUCACCACUGUCCAGAGUGUUCAGUGCCCCGUUCUCACCUUUCGGUUGAGUUCGGGGCCCAGGAGCCGAGUGGCUAGCGGCCUUUGGGCUGGGAGUACAGGGGGCCCGUCCACCGCUUCGGUCUCAGCUGCAGCCUGGGGUCAGGGCGGGAGAGGAGGCCUGAGGUGGACAGAGUGGAACUGCGCGUAGGAAUCCAAUAGUUGUUUGUUUUAUUAAGCUUUUAAAACAACCAGAUUCAGAAUCCAGGUUCUGACCUGGUGGGGGGAAGGGGCACCCUGUGGAAUUUUGGUGGCUCAGCCAACCGAGCACCGGAACAAGGGACUCGCAGGCUUUUACCGCAGGCCUGGGCUUCGGGGUUUGUCACAAUUUCUGCUCUGCUCUCAGGAAUUGGGGUGCGUGGGGUCGGCCUCCUGGCUCCCUCUCUGGCUGCUGGAACCUCACGUUUCUGGGGUUUUCUGCAGUUGAGUUCCUCACCUUACGGGGAUGGAUGGUUCCGUUGUAAGACUUGUCCUCAGGUCAGCCUUGAGGGGACAGGUGUGACGAACUCGGAAACAAAUGCCUUGGGCUCCAGCACUACGUCCACCUGUAACCACCGCUUCCCACCCUCCCGUCGGAGGAGGGCGACUUCAGGGCGAGACGCUGGACUCCCCGUUCUCCGACUCUGUGCCUUGUGCAUGGGGCACGCUGACUCACGUGUAUUCUUGGGCAUAUACUAAUAUCCCGGCUUCCUCUGUAACUUCUUGCUGAAGUGGUGUUUCUGAGACAGACCUGCCAGGGCCAGUUGGCCCCUACGGGAUGGCUCCGAGUCACGGUCCGGCUUCUGGCUGCCUGGAGGCCCCCUCCCUGCAUCAGCUUACCGUCGACGCCUCUGCCACGUAGAUACACAGAAAUUAUUUUUUUAACGGAUAUUUAUUUUUUUACAUCGGUCAGUACACACAUUGCCGGGAUCCCACCUCAGAGGCUCAUUCAUGCCAGGGUCACCAGGACAGUCCCCCGAGGGGGUGGCAGUGGGGGGCCUGUCUCUGUGGACUCUGAGGCCCCAGACGGCAAACUUCUUUCAGAAAGCGCAGCUCAAGUCUUAAAAGACGCAAUACUGAGCCAUGGAGGUGGCCUGCCCCAACCCCAGGCCGGGAGCAGCCCGUCUGCCUCCUUUCCCUGGGAAUCAUGGCGACAAGGGCCCGAGGCCUGAGCCCCAGGCCGGGAAAGUGCCAGUGGCCGAUAAAACUAAGCUGCUGCUGAGUCUAGAAUCUCCUACAGACUCUGGCUUUAAGUCCGAGCAUCUUUCCAUGGCCACCUGGACCGCAGGCUGUUUCCUCUGUGGAGGGAGACAUCUCUUACCAGAACAGCUCCUCGGGGACGGGGCAGCCCCUGGAAAGCGUUUCUUGCCCUGGCAAUGCGCCCCCCCGCCCCCCAGUGUGCACUUGCCCAGGAGUGCUUGCAGGCCUGUGAGGUCGCAGGCUGUCUUCCUUCUCCCAGACGUAGCAGGAGCUGAGGGAGCUGUGAGGGUCUGGGGAGCCUGAUGAGAUGCAGGGGGAGUGGCUAGGUGGCCCUCAAGCAAGUGGGAACUGCACUGGCUAUAUCCUUCAAGGUAUUGGGGAGUCUCUGGGGAACAAAGGUCUGUCCUGGAAUUUGGGGCCUGAAUUGCUGAAGUAGUUUUGCAGGCUGGGCUCGAGGACAGGAAGGAAGGGAGAGGGCCCCACCCUCCCUGCAGGCCCAGAGGUCCCGAAAAACAGCCCAAGGGCUGCCCUAGUGCCUGCAGAGCCCCCAGGCUCACUGGUAGGGGUUGUUCCCAGCAGCUGAAUUUUCUUGCCUGCUUGAGAUCUUGGGUGGAGCCUGGAAGUGGCCCAGACAGGCGCUGGGAUGCCCUUGGCUGGUGGAGGGAGGGUGCACUGGACUGGUGGCCACUUGUGGCUGGAGGCUGGUGACGGUCAUUGGUAAUCAAGUAUUUGAAAACACGGAGCAGAGUCCAAUGUUACAAUGUCAGCCAGGGCCUGGGAAAUCGAAUUUGCAUAUGUCCUUAAACAUACUUAACUUUAAGCCACUUAAAAUGAUGCAGAAGCGAUUCUUUUUUCUAAGCCCCUGUCAUGUGAUGAGCACCCUUCUGGAGAAAACCCAUGCUUCCCAGCCCUGGGGAGGGACGGCCUGCGGGGAUGUGGCCGGCAGGAACCAACCCCUGGGAGACACCAACGCCUCCCCCCGCUCCCCGCCCGCGGUCUGGGCGCUCAGCUGUUUCUACAACAGCCAAGCUCAGACUUGGGCUCGUUUUUACCCACACCAUCUACCCAGCAGUUCUAUUUAUAUCAGCAUAUCCGAGCUGGGACUGACAUUCCUCAAGGACAUUAAAGCUACUGGAAAGGUCUUAAUUCUGAGCCUGAAAGGUAUCAUCAGCACUACAUGCUAGUGGGCUCGGUUUCAAGAACUCGGCUGUUUAGACACGUCUCAGAGAUCUGUUGGUGAUUUUUACGAUGCAUGUCAAACGUGUGGUCUUUUGUUCUCUCCGAGGAUUUGUAAUACACGUUUUAUGACUGGAAACUUUUUUAUACAACACUCCAAUAAACAUUUUGGUUUUAAAUUC